AUGGUUAGGGUUAAGAAACGUGAUUUGAGUGUUCAAUACCAGGUAGAGAGGAAGGAUCGCAUUCACAGGGCACUGACAAAGAAGGCAAAACUUAAAAAAUCCUGGAUAGUGCUAUCAUUAGAAUUUGGCAUACCUAUUUCUACGCUAAAUGAUAAGUUCAACUCUCGGCUUUACUUAAGAAAAACCAUCUGCCAUAGCCACACUAUUGCCUCCAACCUCGACACACUCCCGUCCCAACCCUUCUUCCCAUCCAUCCGUCGUCCUCCCCAGCUCUCCACCGCCGUUCCAUUCUCCGGUUUCACCUCCUCACUUCGCACGUCAUUCCGCGAACCACCCCAUAAACCCCUGGUCACAGCCACCACAACCACCACAACCAUGACACUCGGAACCGAAACCACCAACGUCCUCUACCGCAACCUCGACGCCCUCACCUACAUCCUCUCCCCUGAGCAGCUCAGCGCCAUGACCGAGUCCGAGCGCAGUACUGCGCUACGGACGCUCCUCGUCACGGCCAAAGCGGCGUCUCGGCUCGCCGAGGCCGUGUUUAUAGAUGCAUCGCCGGGAGGCGCUGUGGCGGAGACGACGGAGGAGGGGGAGGGGGAGGGGGAGCGUGAGGGAGGUGGCGCGGCGAAGAUCACCGAGGAGGAGGAGGAGAAGGGGGGUGGCCCGGUGGAGACCAGUGAGGAGGAGGUUAGGGGUGCUGCGGCAGAGACGACUAAGGAGGAGGGGAAGAGUGGUGCUGCGGCGGAGAGACCCGAGAAGGAGAUUAGGGGUGCCGCGGCGGAGACGCCUGAGAAGGAGGUUAGGGGUGCUGCGGAGGAGACGGAGGAAGUUGUGCUGUGGCCGCGGAAGGUGGCGAGGGAUACGGAGGGAGGGACGGUGGUGCUGGGCGGGGAGGGGGAGGCGGAUGCUAUAGUAGAGGUAGGGACAAAGAGGAGGAGUCUACUUUGGCUAGGAAGGCGGGCGGCGAGGGACUCGAAGGAGAUAGUGGUGAUAGGUGGGGAGACUUAUUGA